AAAGCGCGCGCAAACGCCGCAUUGUUGCGGGAAACUAGCAUUUACGGUCGACGGCCGACCACCUGCUACUCUACGAUAAAAGUUUAAUCUCCUUUAGAAAAAGUUUCUGCGAGAUUUAAUACUGCACCAUGGAUGUCGCUGACCUUCGGACGGGGCCUGUACAAGUAAAAGAUGACAUUGGUGACCGCUGCCAGAAGUUAUUUCAAGAUUUUCUCGAAGAGUGCAAGAACGAGCGGAAUGAGCCCAAGUAUGUUGAGGAAGCAACGAAUCUGGUGAAGCCAGAACGAAACACGCUCGAGGUCAGCUUUGCUGACAUUGAGCGCUUCAACCAAAACCUUGCUACUGUCAUUCAGGAGGAGUACUAUCGUGUAUACCCCUACCUGUGCCGUGCUCUGCGCAACUUUGUCAGAGACCAUGCCGAAGUGAAUGUAGAGAAGGAAUACUAUGUCAGCUUUGUGGAUGUGGCCACGAGGCACAAGGUGCGCGAGUUAACGACGACUAAGGUAGGCAGCCUGCUGAAGAUCAGUGGCCAAGUUGUGCGUACCCAUCCUGUGCACCCUGAGCUUGUCAGUGGCACUUUUGUCUGUGUUGACUGCCAGACUGUUGUCGGUGGCGUGGAACAGCAGUUCAAGUACACACAGCCCACCAUCUGUAGGAACCCUGUGUGCCAAAACAGGACACGUUUCAUUCUCGACACAAACAAGUCAACAUUUGUGGAUUUUCAGAAGGUGCGCAUUCAGGAAACACAGGCUGAGCUUCCACGAGGAAACAUCCCACGCAGUGUGGAAGUUAUUGUACGUGCAGAAGCAGUUGAAGUCGCCCAAGCUGGUGACCGGUGUGAUUUCACAGGCACACUCAUUGUAGUCCCGGAUGUCAGCCAGCUGACCACACCUGGUCUGCGCACUGAGAGUUCAGCCCACCACAAGGGCAUGGAAGGCUUUGAGACUGAAGGUGUGCGGGGCCUGAAGAACCUUGGCGUGCGUGAGAUGUCCUACAGGCUUGCCUUUCUGGCCUGCACUGUCGAGCAGACUAGCCCCAGGUUGGGAGGCAAGGCAGCGUCAUCGGAAGAGUUAACUCCGGAAGCCAUGAAGCAGCAAUUGACCCCCGAGCAGUGGGACCGCAUUUAUGCCAUGAGCCAAGACAAGAACCUGUACCACAACUUGAUUGCUAGCCUGUUUCCCACUAUCCACGGUAACGACGAGAUAAAGCGCGGCAUCCUGAUUAUGCUUUUUGGUGGAGUGCCUAAGACAACAGAGGAAAAUACCACUCUGAGAGGUGACAUCAACAUCUGUGUUGUGGGGGACCCCAGCACAGCCAAGAGCCAAUUUCUCAAGCAGGUGUCGGAAUUUGCACCACGGGCGGUGUACACAAGUGGCAAGGCAUCAAGUGCAGCAGGUCUGACAGCAGCUGUUGUUCGUGAUGAAGAGUCCCACGAGUUUGUCAUUGAAGCUGGUGCACUUAUGCUUGCUGACAAUGGUGUCUGCUGUAUUGACGAGUUUGACAAGAUGGAGCUACGAGAUCAGGUGGCCAUCCACGAAGCCAUGGAGCAGCAGACCAUUUCAAUUACCAAAGCUGGCGUUAAAGCAACUUUGAAUGCACGGACUUCCAUCCUGGCUGCAGCCAACCCGAUUGGGGGUCGCUAUGACCGUACUAAGUCACUGCGACAAAACAUUGCAUUGUCACCCCCUAUCAUGUCACGCUUUGACCUUUUCUUCAUCUUGGUGGAUGAAUGUAACGAGGUCACAGACUAUGCUAUUGCAAGGCGCAUCAUAGACCUCCACUGCCAUCAUGAAGAUAGUCUUGAGAAAAAAUACAGUCAUGAAGACAUUCAGCGUUACAUCCAGUUUGCACGUAUGUUUAAGCCUAAGGUCAGCACAGAGGCACGGGACUACCUCGUGGAACAGUACCGGCAGCUGCGGCAGCGUGAUGCCGGAGGCCUGUCCAAGUCAUCAUGGAGAAUUACCGUGCGGCAGCUGGAGAGCAUGGUGCGCCUCGCAGAGGGCAUCGCUCGGAUGCACUGCUCAGACCAGGUCCUUCCCAAGCACGUGAAGGAGGCGUAUCGGCUACUCAAUAAGUCCAUUAUUCGUGUCGAGCAGCCUGACAUCCACCUUUAUGAGGAAGAAGAAGAAGAGAAUGAGGCGGAGGGUGAAGACAAUGCAGAUGCCAUGGAGGUUGAUGAGCCACCUGCUAACGGGGAGGCACAUGGCGAAGGGGACGAUGUGAGUGACAUUGGCAUCAUCCAGCCCAAGCACAAGAAGAAGGAAGCGGAUGCCAAGAAGCCGCACUUGACAGCUGCUCAGCAAAAAACACUGACACUCUCUUAUGAGGACUACAAGAAGACAGCAAACCUGCUCGUGUUACAUCUGCUGCGCGAGGAGAGUCGCAUGGAAGCUGCAGAGCAGGAAGGGGCAGCAGCUGAUGAUCAUGGUGGUGUUCGGCGCAUGGAUUUGAUCAACUGGUACCUGAAGGAAAUUGAGAGUGAAAUAGAGACAGAGGAAGAGCUCAUCCAGCGUAAGACUGUUGUGGAGAAAGUUAUUGACCGACUUGUCAACCGGGAUCACAUUCUUAUUGCGCUCUCCAAGAGUGGCCUGAAAGGUGCAGAAGCAGAUGGUGAAGGAAUUGAAAACCCCAUCCUGGUCGUUCACCCCAACUUUGUCCCUGAGCUGUCAUGAGCACUCCUCAGGAUUGUCCACAUUUUUUUCUUUUGCCUAUGGCACGCCAUACUGGGGACAUGCAGCAGCUUGUUCACAUGUACAAAGUGUAUAUAUAUUGUACUGCAUAUUGCCCACACUUUCAAGAGACUGGGCCACAGCAUCCUCAUAUUUUUUUAUAUGUAUUUGCACAUUUAAGGGCAUUGAUUAUGGCUGGCAUCUGCAUUUAGCAGUCCAGUAUUUGUGAACACUGGCAUUCAUGUCAGUGAGUUUUUAAUUACAUUUUGAAUUUAUAUACAAUACUCUGCUUUUGCACAGUCAUUUUGGUACUUUUAACGUACCCUGUUGAGCACUUGUGCAAGUUACUGUGUUAAAUAAAAGAAAUGCUGGUUC